AUGGAUUAUUUCUCUGGGAAUUCUGAAACUCAGGAUUAUUUCAAAAACAUGGACGUGGAAUUCCUUACCGAUGUACCUCAGGUGGAAGAUGGCGAAAAUGCUCCGAGACAGCUAAAUGAUUUUAGCAUUUACUUGAAGCAUUUUUCUCAGAUACAAAAAUCCAAAAACGGAACAAAAGGGAAUAUUUUCAAACUUGCAUCAAAAAGUUGGUUCUCUGAGCCUCCAAAUGUAAAGUAUUCCUUCAAAGUUCUUUCGGAAAUUUAUAAGCGAAAACAUGAAGAAAUGUAUCCAGGAUACAAAUAUAGUCCAAGAAAAUCGGGACGAUCUAAAAAACGGAAUCCUGCCGGAGUUUCGAAAAAAGUCAACUCAUCAUCUACUGAGGCUACACGUGAUUUUCGUUUGUAUACCGACGUCGACACUAUUAACGGCUUAAGUCAAUCCACUUCUAAUUCGUCCACUUUAUACAAUUCCUCACCCGAUACCGGUUUCACUAUGAACGAUUCUCCAUCCGAUACCAGUUUUAUUCUGAACGAUUCUCCACCUGAUAUUGGUCUCUUUCCACACCUUUCGUCAAUCAAUUGCUUCCCAGAGAAAAAAUCGCCUUCUCCUUUUGACUCUAGGAGAACACCACCCAUUGAAGUUUCUCAUAACAUUUCCGAUGAUUUAAAUUCGCUUGCAUUCAUUCCGAACUCAUGCGAUUCUCCAUUCGGUGCCGGUCAUGAUGUUCCAGGCCCCUUAUCUAGAGGCACACCUAUUGGUGUUUCACAUAAUACUUCAAAUGAUUCAAAUUUAUUUUCAUCUAUGGACCCUCUAUACGGUUCUCCUACUAGUUUCGCUUUUCCUGACCUCUCUUUAAUCGGUGAAUAUCCUCUUUCUCCUUUGGAUUCUACGAGAACACCAUCGAUCAAAGUUUCAGAUGAUACUUCAAAUGAUCCACUCCUGGAUUCUACUCCCUUACCUGCUACGAGUUUCGCAUUUCCAGAUUCCUAUUUAAUUGAACAUCCAGAGAGGAAACUUUAUUAUUUGCCGCUCGUUCAGGACUCUUCCUCUUCGAAUCUCCCAUUAGAUGGAUACUAUUCUGAAAAUCAGCUUUUACCCUUCAUUUCAGGAUUUGAAUAUCCCUUCUUAUAUUUAGAAAAAGAAAGUCUUAUUAAGGUUGUAACUUUGGUUGCCAAAGUUCUUUUUGAAUUUGAAUUUAUUUCAUACGAGAAAUGUACUCAAAUUUUCGAGUUCGUUUUUUCCAAUCUUGAAAUUGCAUGCCAAAUAAUUGCGCAUGCUCUUUACCUUAAUGAUCUUGUUCCGCAAGAUUAUCUUCUCAAUCCCCCUAAAAACAUCAUUUUUCAAUUUUGGCUUGACCUUUUGGAAAAGCCAGAAGGACAGUAA